AUUAUAAAAUAACAACAUGGCGGCCCCCAUCAGGUGUUCGUGUGUGAGACUGGGUUAUAAUAUAAAGCGCCUUAUUGGUAAUUCCAGAUUGAUAACGGAAGUGGCAAGAAAUGAUAAGACGUUUUUCCGCUUUAGAACAUCUUCCAGAUACUAUAGUUCCAGAGCAUCAGAUCCUAGAGUUUCAAGGUCAAAAUGGACGACCAAAUUUGUUGGAAUCGGUUUGGUGACAGCCACUGCUGUAGGUAUCGGGUAUGGUUUUCGCAACACAACUGUACAUGAUGCAGUUGAUAAUGGGAUUCCUGACAUCAAACCAUCAAGACAGAUCCGAAUACCGACUGAUAAAAGUGGGAUGAAGCUGGUUCUGUAUCAGUAUCAAACCUGUCCGUUUUGCUGUAAAGUCCGUGCUCUACUGGACUAUUAUGGCUUAUCGUAUGAUGUGGUGGAGGUGAACUCAGUAGUUAGGUCGGAGAUUAAAUGGUCGCAGUACAAGAAAGUUCCCAUACUUGUGUUCCAGGCAGAGGGUAAAGAGGAACAAAUCCAACUGAAUGACUCUUCUGUGGUGAUGAGUAUCCUGUACACCUACCUCCUGGAUCCAUCAAAACCUGUCCCCCUUAUCAGGUCCUUCUACCCGCAAGUUGAAGUCUUUGAUGAAGUCAAAAAGAAAGAAGUCAAAGAUUUCUCGAACAAAUAUGCCAUCAUGUACCAAGAGGAUGCCUCAGACGGUCAGACAGCAGAUCAACAGAUGGAAGAAAGGAAGUGGCGAAGCUGGACAGAUAAAACGUUGGUCCAUAUGCUAUCCCCCAAUGUGUACAGAACACCCUCAGAAGCAAUUCAGGCAUUCAAGUACUUCUCUGAAGUCGGGGAAUGGGAACAUGUGUUUAGCUUUCCAAUGAGGAUAUUUGUUAUUUACACAGGAGCCACGGCCAUGUACUUCCUUGGAAAAGUUCUGAAAAAAAGGUACAACUUAAACAAUGAUGUUCGUGUCUCCCUGUACAAUGAGUGUGAUGUAUGGAUGAAGGCUAUAGGCAAGGACAGGAAAUUCCUUGGAGGACACAAACCAAACCUGGCUGAUCUUUCAGUCUAUGGCGUCCUCAGUUCUAUAGAAGGAUGUGAUGCAUUUAAAGAAACUUUGGAAAGGACAAAAAUUAAACCUUGGUAUUAUCGGAUGAAGAGUGCUGUCAAGCGACAUGAGGGGCAUGGUAUAUUAUCAGUAAUGAACACUACACCAGGAAAAUCAAGAUGAAUGUUAGUGCAAUAGAAAUGUCACCUCGAUGUUAUAGUAUGAUUAUACCAAGAUCAACUGGUGUUAUUGGAUUUUGUUCUGAUAUUGGGAGGCGUAUACUACAAGGACAAUUUUUGAAUGGGAAUGAAUUAUUGAUCAGAAGUCGAGGCUAAAGGAUUCUCCUUAGAUAUACGAUAAACUUACGGAAUCAGCAUUGUUUCUAUGGUGUGGGCAGUUACACAUCACAUCUCUUUGUAAAACAUGAAAAACUGGCAGGUGCCUUUCAAACUGCUUCACGGGUGCAGGCUUUUAGAGUCACUGGCGUUAGUGGUUCUGUUGUCAGGGAAACCAUAUUAUAAUCAAUAACACACUCACAAUUGGGUAGAAAUGUUUAUCCCUAUAUGUUAUAUAGUACAUAUAGUGGUAAGAAGUAUAUUGUAUCCAUGAUAUAGCAGGACGAGUGGGCGAAGAAGGAAGGACUAAAGUAAUAGAUACUAUUACACUUUACAAAGGAACUUACUAUAAUGUACAACACUACUGUUCUGUCAUACAGAUUUUAUGUUGAAUGUGGUGUUUUUAAAAUGACAUUGUUGUGUACUUCUAUUGUCUUGUAUACAAUUGAUUACAGGUAUAAUUUACGUCAUGUGAAUAAUGUCAUUGGAUAUACCAGGUACAUUUGUAUCAGAAAUUUGGUAACAAUUAUUUAAGGCUUGUUUGAGCCCCAAACCCCUCGAUCUAGCUCCCAACCACAAAGUUACUAAAAGGGGGAGGGGGGUGAUGCCGGAAUCAGGUUGUCUAACAGUCUGUCUACAUCUAGAGAACACCUACAGUUUUCAUCAGAUCUUUUUGAAAAUUUGUGGAUGUAGUUAUCAUUGCUAAAGCUGUGCUCCUGGGCUUUUUUUUAUCCAUCAAUUUUACAGCAGCAAUGCCCCCUUUAAUUAUGGUCAUACUGUAUAUUGAAUCUUGUCCGGACAACUGUUUUUUUUAUCAAAACUUUUUUCAAAUCUUCACUGAUGUAGCCAGCAUACACUGUUGCACACCUUACUUUACGACAGUUACACCCCAACAUUAAUUCUCAUUGUCAGCCCAAACAUCAAUCCUCCUUGUUGGCCCCCACAGAGUCUUUAUGUUAGACAGCCUUUUCCAGACAAGUCCUCAUUCAGUUUUCAGCACAUUUGUACACUGAAUUCGUUCUUCUUUUCUUAGCUGUUUUGAUAUGUGUUUUUGCCCCCUUUUAUCUUUGUUAGUAAGGAGUGAGGGUAUAAUGUCUGAAAAUAAUUUAUAUAUCUAUAACUUAUUUUCAUUAUCACUAUUUUCAAAAGGAAUAGAAAAAAAUCAGUUGGAUUCUAUUAUCAUUUCAAAAGAUGGAGAAAAUAAAUUGAGUAGGAAAUUAACUUACUUUAUGCUGUAGGUGGUGUGUGAAUAUUGGGUAUAAAUUAUUUACUAUAGGGAGAAAGUGUGAAGAUGUCAAUAUGUGUGUAUACAUGUGUUUACAAAACCCUGCUUAUAUUACUGGAAAUAAAAGCAAUUCAUUUCAAAUACAA